AUGGGCAGACCCACAGAACAAAAAGCAACAACAGCUUCGGAUCCUUUAAAACUUGUAUUUCCAAUUUUAUUGCUUGUAUUACAAAUCGUAUUCGUAAUUCUAUUUGCUUUUCAUUCGAAUUACGGCCAUGAACCCAAAACGUUAAAUGAACAUGAUCUAAUAGCUAAAAUAAGCAAGAUGAUAACAGCAACGAGACAACCAGCAGUUUACUUACCAAAUGGAACUAUUUAUGAGCCAACUACUGUCGAGGAUCCGGUAUCAGUGCCACAUCGCGGCAUCAAUGAUUUAUAUUCUAUGUUUCAAGAUAUUCAUGUUAUGAUAUUUAUCGGUUUCGGUUUUUUGAUGACAUUUUUAAAACGUUAUGGAUACAGUGCUGUUGGAUAUAAUUUUUUGAUUGCUGCAUUUGUUCUUGAAUGGGCAUUGCUUGUUCGUGGCUACAUGUUUGAUUUUGAUACUUCAACAAGACAAUUUCCAAUUGAUGUUGAACGAAUAAUUGUUGCGGAUUUUGUUGCCGCUGCUAUUUUGAUAUCGUUCGGUGCUCUAUUAGGAAAAACAAAUCCGACACAAUUGAUUAUAAUGUGUAUAAUUGAAGUUGCUUUACAAAGUGUAAAUGAAUGGAUUGGUUUAAGACUAUUUUGUGCAUUCGAUAUUGGCGAAUCCAUGUUUGUUCAUGUAUUUGGUGCUUAUUUUGGUCUAGCUGUGAGUGCUGUAUUAUACAAAACAGAGAAGGACGAUGAAGAAAAAGAAAAACCAAUUUAUCAUUCGGAUUUAUUUUCAAUGAUUGGUACAUUGUUUUUAUUUUGUUUUUGGCCAAGUUUUAAUGGUGGAGUGGCGGCAGCGGGUGAUUCGAGAUUACGUGCAGUUGUCAACACGUACAUUAGUAUAUCAGCUAGUGUAUUGUUAACGUAUAUCUGUUCAAACCUGUUUGGAAAAGGAAAAUUUGAAAUGGUACAUAUUCAAAACGCAACAUUAGCCGGUGGUGUUGCCAUUGGAACGGUUGCUGAUAAAAUUGUUUAUCCAGCAGGUGCAUUAGUAGUUGGAUCAAUAGCUGGCAGUUUAUCAACUGUUGGUUUCAAGUAUAUAUUACCAAAAUUGAAAAAACUUAAAAUACAUGACACAUGUGGAGUUAACAAUUUACAUGGUAUGCCAGGUUUACUAGCAGCAAUUGUUGGAAUUAUUCUUGCAUCUAUGCCGGCGUAUUCCUUACAUGAAAAUAAUUUAUUGUCCUCAUGUUUUCAUGGAACUCAUCGUACAGGAUUACAACAAGUUGGAUACCAAGCAGCCACACUUGGUAUUACAUUAUCCAUUGCAAUAGUUGGUGGAUUAAUUACGGGUUUCAUUUUGCGGUUAUUGGAGAACAAAAACGUGUUAACCUAUUAUGAUGAUGAUACAUAUUGGGAUACACCGACAGACUUUCACAAUGAUGAACUUGAAAAUGAGUAA